ACUUAGGCAUUAUAAUGGAAUAGGAAGCUAGCGCUACGGAGACGCUAUAGCGAGGCUCGCUGCGCGAGUGUAUUUGUAUAGGUAUAUGUAUGUGUAUGUGUGGACUGUGGACGCAGAGUGCGUAACGGGCAGUGUGUGUCAGAGCUGAACCUGCUGCAGGCACGCGCGACGCCAGAAUAUGCCUCUGCAGCUGGCUACUCGUCGCGACGCCGCCGUCAAUCGUUCGCAUUGACAGCUCCCCCCCCCCCCCCGCGCCCCAGUCACCGUAUAACAAACUGUGUAUUACUGUACCGCAGCAGCGACUACGCGAAUUGGCUAUCGGAGCUGCUCCGUCAUCAGCUGUGAGCUCUCUCGCUCUAGCUCUUCAAGAGAGAAUUACUCAUAGCGCGCGCAGCAGCAGCACGCAGUGUUACGCCUGUAUAGCGCGUACGCGUAUAGGUGCUACCAGUGUACUGUAUUACUGUAUACAGUGCGCUGUGCGCGGCCCGUGCUCGUGCGAGAGCAAGAGAGAAAGGGAGGGAGAGCUGGAGAAGAGAACAAGGGAAGAACCUCGUCGGUCGUCGAUAUGGCGUAGCCUGCCAACAAGCCAGCGCAGUGCCAACGAGAGCGAUUCUGCAGUGCUUCGAGCUGAUCAGAGAGAGAGAGAGAGAGAGAGAGAGAGAGAGAGAGAGAGAGAGAGAGAGAGAGAGAGAGAGAGAGAGAGGGAAGGGAAACGAACAAGAGGAAGCGAGUUUUCGAGAGGCGAGUGCAUUAUCGGCCGCGGUGGCAAGUCGCGCUACGGACGCGUCGCAGAGCCGUCAUCUCAUCGCGCGUCAUCGUCCUCGUAGCCGCGCGUGUGUCGCCGCUUGUGUUCUUCGCGUAGAGCUGCGGUUAGUGCGUGCUGGUGAGUUUCGUGUUCUACUGAUGUGUUGUUGAUCAGCCGCUAUAUAAGCGAGUUGUCGUGGCUGCCUCGAGGGGCUAUUGAGCCCGCGUAACACGCAUACGACACACAGGUCGGGGCCGUGGGCUGCAGCGAGCUCUCUCUCUCUCGUUCUGUAGAGAGCGCGAGCGGAGAAUAGGGGCUGCGUUUGUUGCUACCUUGUGUGCGCGAGGUGCGCGGGCCAGAACACCUCGCUGCGAUCGUGCAUCAGCUUCGCGUCGUUGCUGCUGCAGCUGCUGCAGCUCUGCCCAUCAUCAGUCUGUUGUGUCCGACAUUCUACACGGUGCUUUCCGCCCGCAGCAACGCAAGGGAAAAGCGCAUUGGAGGAGGACACGCUCGCCGUCGUCAUCGUCAGGCUGCACGAUGAUGUUUCCUGAUAGCUGUGGUUUCGUCCUCUUUCUUCUGCUGCUCGUACCCUGCAUCGAGAGUGCACGACGACUGAACGAGUAUAUCCGACACUAUGAGCCUCUGACCUAUGAUGCCGGAGAAGUUCACCGCAAUCACUUGAGGGCGAAGCGUUCAGCGACUCGAGACAAUGCGAUCACACUCAAGUUUCGCGCCCACGGUCGAGAUUUUCGAUUGAGACUCAAACGCGACCUCAGCACCUUCAGUGACAAUCUUGUCAUUAUUGGACCUACCAGUCAGCGGGAGGAUCUUGAUAUUUCUCACAUUUACGAGGGCCAUCUCAUAGGUGAACCUGGCAGUCAUGUAUUCGGUAGCUUGAGUGACGGAAUUUUUCAUGGAAAGAUAGUAUCUCCAAGAGACGGGGCAUGGUACGUUGAAAAGUCGCAUUACUAUUUUGCGCCCCACGAGCGCAACGAAACUCGCCACUCUGUCAUUUAUCACGAGGACGACGUUGAGGACCCUUAUGAAAGCAUUCGAACAGGUGACUCCAAAGGUUGCGGCAUCACAGACGAGGUGAUGGAGUGGAUGGAACGGCUGCAGAACUCGGCCGAGCCCGAGACGCCAGCUCCUCCUCCGCCGCCGCCGCCGCCGACGACGACGACGACGACGAUCGAAGAGAAUCGCCGCCGUCACCGCCGUGAUGCGCCACAUUGGAGCGCCUCCGCAGCAGAGACGCCGGUCCACAAGUACAGCCGGGAAGCUAACUUUGUGGAUGAGCUAACAAACAGGGUUAAAGCUAUUCGGCCAAUAGAUGACCCCAAGAAAAAAAACACCUGCUCCUUGUUUAUUCAAACAGACCCCCUCAUUUGGAGGCACAUUUUUGAGCAGCUGAAUCACGACGAGGACAAGACGCGGGAAGAGAUUUUGUCACUAAUUGCUCACCACGUAACGGCAGUCAACUACAUUUACAGGGAUACGAAAUUCGACGGGAAGAUUGAGCAUAGGGACAUCAAGUUUGAGGUCCAGAGAAUAAAGAUUGACGACGAUAGCGCAUGUGGGCAGCCACAGAGUUACGGGGAUCAAAACCCAUUCUGCAUGGAGAACAUCGACGUGAGCAAUUUUCUGAAUCUUCACUCUUUGGGCAAUCACGAGGUUUUUUGCUUGGCCUACGUUUUCACCUACAGGGACUUUACCGGGGGAACGCUGGGUUUGGCGUGGGUGGCCUCGGCAUCCGGAGCGUCGGGCGGCAUCUGCGAAAAGUACAAAACGUACACUGAGACGGUCGGCGGCAUGUAUCAGUCGACAAAGCGUUCGCUCAAUACCGGCAUCAUCACUUUUGUCAACUAUAACAGCCGGGUGCCGCCAAAGGUGUCCCAGCUGACUCUUGCUCACGAGAUUGGACACAACUUUGGAUCUCCGCACGAUUUUCCGGCUGACUGCAAGCCCGGCGGCCUCGACGGCAACUACAUAAUGUUCGCCUCGGCAACAUCGGGCGACCGGCCGAACAACAGCAAAUUCUCCAAAUGCAGCAUCGGCAAUAUCAGCAACGUGCUCGACGCCAUUGUCGACAACAAGAAGCGCAACUGCUUCAACGUUUCGGAAGGCGCGUUCUGCGGCAAUAAGAUAGUGGAGGCCGGCGAGGAGUGCGACUGCGGCUACGACAGCAACGAGUGCAUCGACAGGUGCUGCUACCCGCGUAUUCUCAGCGUCCUCGAGCGCAUCAACAACGGAUCGGCCAAAGGCUGUACCCGAAAGUACGCCACGCAAUGCAGCCCAAGCCAAGGGCCUUGCUGCUCGAGCGAUACGUGCACGUUCGUUCCGCUCUCGGCAAAGGUUCAGUGCAGGGCCGAGUCCGACUGCAGCUACAGCUCGGUCUGCAAUGGCGCAAGUUCCGAGUGCCCGGCUCCCCAACCCAAGGCCAACAAGACUCGAUGCAACGAGGGCACUCAGCUCUGUAUCAACGGCGAGUGCACGGGUUCCAUCUGCCUCGAGUGGAAUCUGACCGAGUGCUUCUUGACGAGCAGUGUAAUACCAAACAUCGACAAGCGCAAGCUCUGCGAAUUAGCCUGUCAAAACGGCACGGACGCUUCCACGUGUCGUAGUACCAGUGAGUUUGCUCACCUGGUGAACUUGACCAAGGGUGGCAUCAGCUUGCGUCCCGGCUCGCCCUGCGACAACUUUCAAGGAUAUUGCGACGUCUUUCUCAAAUGUCGCGCGGUUGACGCUGAGGGGCCUCUCGCCAGACUGAAAAAUAUGCUGUUUAACGAGGCCACCCUCACCACAGUCGCUCAGUGGAUCACCGAGUAUUGGUGGGCCGUGCUCUUGAUGAGCAUUGCCUUCAUCAUCUUUAUGGGUUUGUUCAUCAAGUGCUGCGCUGUACACACGCCCUCGAGUAAUCCCAAGAAGCCCCCGGCAAGACAUAUCAGCGACACUCUGAGGAGGCCCAUGAACACGUUGAGGAGAAUGCGACAUCCUCACGGUGGCGGCGGGGCCCGAAGCGUACCUCCUAGGCAGGGCGCUGGACACGGACACAGUUCUCGAGGUCCAGGCCAUCACGGCGCCAGUGAGGGCCGAGGGGCCCAGUACUAUCCGAAAGGAUAUCGCUCGGUUCCCACAGCUAGUGCGCCAUCAGGUGCAUCAGCAGGCGUUCCAGGCGGCUAUCCCGGCGGCCGCAAUCACGGCGGCCAUCACCAGCCCGAGCUCUACGCAGGCGCCUACUCGGGCUCAGGGGGAGCGGCGCCUCCUGUCCGCGGCUCAGCCUACGAGAUGAGGAACCACAAACUCUGACAAGCCACUUUUGCCUGAGCAGCGCUCGAUGACGUUGAAAAUGUACAGACCCGCCGGUGAUCGUUGCAAUAGAGAUUCAAUGUAUUACUUUGGCAGAUUUUUUAUUCUACGACGACUGCGUCGAUAAUAUAGUGAUAAACCUCUGCGCACAAUGCAAAAUUAAGUUGAAUGAUUCAGCGUGCGAUUCCAGCCAAAUUGAAUACAAUCUGCCAAAGCGAAGCUGCAGCUACUUUACCAAACUGUCCCUAUAGUUAUACCUGAUUUAGAAGAAUGUGCUUUAUCGUGUCGUUCAAGAUUGUUCUCUCUACUUUAAAAGUAACGAUACGAUGAUAAUAAUAAUAAUAAUAAUGAUAAUUACGAUAAUACAGUAGUAAUAACGAUUGAUAAAAAUUUAAUGUAAUUAAUUACACUAGCCAAUAAUCUUUGGGGGUUCGAGGCGCAUUUUUUAUAUUUUUUAGCGUAACCUUCCAAUGACGAUUAUCUUUAAAUCAUUUCGAUGUUGAUACAUGUAUAUCGCUGUUAUUUUGAAGGUGACCGUAUAUAAGUAAGUGUGUGUGUGUGUGUGUGUGUAUGCGUGCGCGCGCGCGCGCGUGUGUGCGAGUGUGUGUAGAAUUUCGACGGCAAUGACGACGCACCCAUGUGCGCAUACUCGAUUGAUUGAACUGUGUACAUAUAGAUUGAUACAGCAUAUUUUAAAUAAACGAAGGAACUUGUUUUUUCUCUAAGAGUGUGUAUAUUAUAGGGAGUGUGUCAACGCGCGUACCUUACAUCAGACUGCCAAUAGCGUUCACUGCCAUGCAGCUUGUGGUCCGGUAUAGCUGGAAAGUAGGCGCAUGCACUCUAUCAAUUGUACAUAGAAGAAGGGGGGGGGGACGGAAAUUGAAUGAUUAUAUUUUUUCUAUCGAUCCAAACUAAACACGCUAAUAUUUCCGCAUUCGAUUCGAUUUUCAUUCGACGUACUUGGAUAUGUGCACCGGGUGGCCUUUGUUUGUGUUUCAUUGAAUGAGUUUCGCGAUACAAAUAAACGUGGCACACUGACCAAUUGCCGACGAGCGUCGGAAUGCAUUCCCUGGCGUGUGAUUAGGAAUAUUAUCAAUAAAGUAUGAUUGUGAAUAUCUUGUGUUACAAAUAAAGCAUACAUUUUACAUUUA